UCGAAAAAGUUCCGAUUGGAAUAUUAUUGAUUUCCUUGAAGAGUGCGACUGGGAACCUUAUAGAAGAAAGAUUGAAGAAUACCUUUUAUCACUCGAAACAAUUGUUAAAAUGGAGAGAGAUCAAAGGGGCGAGAAUGCGCAGAGAUUGAUUGACAAAUAUAAGCAGGCAACCGAGCCACAAAGAAAGUGUUGGGACACAGGUGACCUCCGAGCUUGCCUGAUGUUUAAAAGUCUCCGAGCCUACUGGCACUUUCAGACACAGAUGACCUUCGAGCUUGGUUCUCGACCUGAUAGCAAAAAGGCAAAAAAUUGGGAGAAGGAGCAUUCACGCAAGCAAGUACAUAUUCAUCGACCAAAAAUUACUACGGAUAUCAGUGGGAAUAUGGGAAAUAUAACUGCUGAAACCAUCGGUGGCGGAACUCUCGUUUGGAAUCCAAAAGAAGUCAUGAAGGGAAUAGACGAACACUUCCUAGGCACUCUUUCUCCAUGUGAGCCACCGCAUACUCCUCCACAUCGAAUUUUUCCGUGUGGUUCCUCAUCAGGUGCCUCCAUACCCUCUCAGCAAGAGUUUUCGAAUUUGGAUUCCAUUUGUUCCAAUUUCGAUCGCGAAGAAGUUUUCUCACAGAUAAUAGGACAAAUGCAAAAUUACGAAGUUAUUGAAAAUACGUAUUUACAAUUAUCUCAAGAGAAUUCACAGAUUGUACUAGAGGAAAUCCGUAAAAUAAUCGAAAAAAUGAAAGGUAUAGAAUAUCGUCUAUUUGACUAUCGAAUCAUUAAUCUCUCGGAACGAAAUGUUACGAAUCCCGUUAAUAAGUUAUCAAAAUCCGAAAAGCGCAUCCUAAAAGAUAUUUGGAACUCGAACCAUCACAAAAAAGAAAGACAAUUCGCUUAG